AUAACGGUUAAUCGGUGAUAACUUAUAACCUAUUAAAAUUUUAAUAAAAAUUUUAAUUUUCUUCAAAUAAUAACAAAGUUGAACGAAGUUUUUUUUUUUCAUUGUCUAUUCAGUAUUUAUCCAUAAGUCAUGAUGAUGAGUGCAAAGAGGAUACGUAUUGAGAAAGAUAAACAAGUCUCUGCAAAUGAUGUUGAGGAGAAAAUGGAUCUCAUCAACUCUCUUGAUAAUGAUUCAUUAGCCCAAAUAUUCAUGCUGCUGCCAAUGUCUGAGAGGAUAACUAUGAAUGAAGUUUGUUCCAAAUGGAAAGAGGCCUGUCAACUAGCUUGGCAUGACAUUAAAAAAUACAAAUGUACCAAUACAAUUGUCCGUAAUUAUAAAAAAUGUAUCUUAACACAGUCAUACGUAGAAAAAGUAAUAUUCAAUUGUGGUAUUUAUUUAAAAGAAUUGAUUCUUUCAAAAGUUUGUGACUCAAGUAUCAUGCCAAUAAUUGCUGAAUACUGCAAAAAUCUAAGUACACUUGAAUUUGAAAUUGACGUAAAUAAAGAUGACCGUUAUACUGAUCGCUUUGUUGAAACAUUCACACAGUUGGAGCAAUUGAAAAUCGUUAAAAUACAUAUAGCUGGAGAAAGGUUUCAAUUUCAAAUGCUGAAUAGUCUUCCAAAAGAUACAAAUGAAAUUCAUUUAUUUUUUGAACUUAGUGAAUCGCAAAAACUGUCGGGUUUUAACCGACAAUUAUUUUUGUUGUUAGAAUCUUAUAGGGACCCAGUAGCACCAUCACUUUUCUCUUUGAGAAAAUUUGCCCAUCUUCGAAAGUUGACAAUACAUUCUUGCAUUAUUACCAACAUUAUGCAAGAAAUAUCUGAAAAAACAACACUUGUUUAUCUCGAUCUCCAAGAAUGUAUUUCUACCGGUGAGAUAUUUACCUUCAAUCAACUUUCAAACUUGGAACAUCUCAACAUUAAGCACAUGUCCUUUAUGGAUAGUGAAUUAUCGCAAAAUAUGUUAAAUCCAAUCAGUGAUAUUUUCAAUACAUGCAAAAAUUUAAAACAUCUUGAUGCACCAGGUAUUAAUGUUGAUCUAGCUGAAAUUAAAAUGGAAAACUGGGUAAACUUGAGAAACUUGGUAUAUUUAAAUAUUCGCUGGCAAGCUAGUGAUGCAAUAAUCAAAAAUAUCAUCAAGUAUUGCAAUAAUUUGGAAUUCAUAAAUAUUGAUAAAUUAAAUAGUGAAUCUACUAUAAAAUUAACAAAAUUAGAAAAUCUUAAUUAUUUAAAAUUUGGGGUUACAAAUUAUAUCAAUGGAGAAGUAAUGGUUGCAAUUUUAAAUAAUUGUAAAAAAAUUAAACAUCUGGUAAUUAACGGGUAUACUACAGUGGAGGCAUCAAUUUUUGAUGAUAUAUUAAAAUUGCAAUAUAUUGAAAGUUUAAAUUUGGCAUGUAUUUUGAAUAUUGGACGGAGUCGCAUCACUUCAACUGCUUAUAUUGCUUUAACGAGCUUGAAAAAUUUGAAAGAACUAAAUAUUGAAUCGAAUGAAAAUGUUGAAGAUAACUUUAUUGUCCAAUUAAGAGAAAUAAAAAGUUUAAGUUGUUCUCAAUGCAAGCAACUUACUGAUGCUGGUGUCAUUCAAUUUAUAAAAAAUAAUCCAGAUCUUGAAUUUCUUGAUAUCAGCUAUAUCACAAAUGUUACAAUUGACACGAUUAUUGCUGCAGAAGAGGUAUCUAAAAAUCGUACAAAUGAUACUUUUUUAGCUAUAAAAACUGAUGAUCCAGUUCUUAAAGAAGCUUGCAUUAAAUCUCAAUGGUUAACUUGUGAUUAGAAUGGAAUUGGAUUAUUUUUAUCCUCAGCAGGUACAUCCUGUUUUUUUUUUUACAAUUUUGCA